ACUUCCAUGCAAAGACCAUUGGAGCACCUGCAAUGUAACCAUCCAACUCUGAAGCUCAGACCAUCCCUGCAACCAUGGCUACUCUCCUUGCUGCUCUUGCCCUCCUUUCUCUGCGUGCUCUACCCUUGAGUGCCGCGCCUCACGACACUCUACAACUGAAAUCAUCCCUCGUCGUCGAAGAGUAUGAAACCCAAAUCCUGAAGUCAUCGGGCGGCACAUUCUCCUGUGGCUUCCGCAACAUCUACACCAACGCCUUCACCUUCUCGAUAUGGUACUCCAAUUCUGUUGACAAGGCCGUCGUCUGGAGCGCGAACCGCGGCAGCCCGGUGCACUCCUGGGGGUCCGCCAUCACCCUGCGCAAGGAUGGAAGCAUGGUCCUCACCGACUACGAUGGCACGGUUGUGUGGCAAACUGACGGCAAAUUCCCAAAUGUUCGAUGUGCUCAGCUACUGGAGACUGGAAACCUUGUCUUGAAGAACUCCAGUGGUAACAUUGUUUGGCAAAGCUUCGAUUCACCGACGGACACGGUCCUUCCCACACAGCGCAUUGCUGGUACAACAGAGUUAGUCUCUACCACUAAGCUGCAUGUUCCUGGUCACUAUAUCUUCCGUUUCAGCGAUCAGUCGAUAUUGUCACUUAUAUAUGAUGAAACUAAUGUUUCCAGCAUAUACUGGCCAGAUCCUGAUUACCAGUACUACGAGAAUUAUAGAAACCUUUACAACAGUACUAGGAUAGCAAUCCUUAAUGAUUAUGGGGUAUUUUUGGCGAGCGACUUUGCUAAGAAACAUGUGAUUGUUGCCUCUGAUAGAGCCACUGGGAUUAAGAGAAGACUUACCUUGGAUUAUGAUGGUAAUCUUAGACUCUAUAGCUUGAAUAACUCGGACAGAACAUGGAAUGUUGUGUGGAUUGCUGAAUCUCAACCAUGCAUGACUCAUGGUUUAUGUGGUCCGUAUGGAAUCUGCCACUAUUCGCCUAAACCAACAUGUUCUUGCCCACCUGGAUAUAAGAUGCGCAGCUCAGGUAACUGGACACAAGGUUGCAUGCCGAUUAUAGACACCACAUGCGAUGGGGAACAGGAUGUGACCUUUCUGAAACUUCGAAACACUGAUUUUUGGGGAUCUGAUCAACAACGUAUCGAAAAGGUGUCAUUGCAAGACUGUCAGAACGUAUGCAGAAGGGACUGCACCUGUAAGGGGUUUCAAUACCAAGAAGGAAAUGGUACAUGCUACCCAAAGGCUCUUCUCUUCAAUGGAAGGUCUUUCCCAACGCCCACUGUGCGCACAAUGUAUAUCAAACUCCCUUCAAGAUUGGACAUAUCAAAUGCCUCCAUUCCGCAGUCCAAUGUGCUUGAUUCUAUACCACAUCGUCUUAAUUGUACAGAUCAUGUAAGCACAACAACCAUGGAACCAUUCCCCAGUUACUGGAAUAGGACUAGUGGGGAGGAACCAAAAUGGUUCUACUUCUAUGGGUUUCUUGGUGUCUUCUUCGUUAUCGAAGUUUUCUUCUUCGCAUUUGCAUGGUUCUUUGUUUUGAGGAGGGAGUUGAGGUCAUCACAGGUAUGGGCAGCUGAGGAAGGCUACAGGGUGAUGACUAACCAUUUCCGAAUGUAUAGUUACAGAGAGCUGGUUAAGGCAACUGAAAAGUUUAAACAUGAGCUUGGAUGGGGAAGUACAGGGGUUGCCUACAAGGGAAUAUUGGAUGACGAUCGAGCGGUGGUCGUAAAAAAGCUGGGAAAUGUAAGGCACAGCAGAGUAGAGUUCCAGGAUGAGUUGCAUGUUAUUGCAAGGAUUAACCAUAUGAACCUAGUAAGAAUAUAUGGGUUUUGCUCAGAAAGAUCCCAUAGGAUGUUGGUCUUGGAGUAUGCUGAGAAUGGAUCGUUGGCCAACGUAUUGUUCAAAAGCAAAAUCUCUCUAGAAUGGGAGAAAAGAUUCAACAUUGCUUUGGGUGUUGCAAAGGGGCUGGCCUAUCUUCACCAUGAGUGCCUAGAGUGGAUCAUUCACUGCAACCUGAAGCCAGAGAAUAUUUUGCUGGAUCAGGAUUUGGAACCUAAGAUCACCGAUUUUGGGUUGGCAAAGCUGGUCAGUAGAUCUGGGUCUAACCAAAAUGUGUCACGAGCGCGAGGAACCAUAGGUUACAUUGCUCCAGAGUGGAUAUCUGGUUUACCGAUAACGGCAAUGGUUGACGUGUAUAGUUAUGGAGUUGUGCUUCUAGAACUAGUGUCGGGAACGCGAAUUUUUGAUUUGGUCAAAGGUGAGGAUGGGAAGGUGCAUGCGAUGCUCAAGAAGUUUGUCAAGAUGCUUUCCUAUAGAUUGGACAGGGAGCAACCAUUGUGGUUAGCAGAGUUUGUAGAUUUCAGACUGGGUGGUGAAUUCAACUACUUGCAAGCUAAAACGUUGAUCAAGUUGGCUGUCUCGUGCUUGGAGGAAGAAAGGAAGAAGAGGCCAACGAUGGAAUCAGUAGUCGAGAGCCUCUUUGCAGUUCAUUUAGCUGGAAACUAAUGAAACAACAAUAAAUAUAUGCUGAAGGAAGCAUGGAAGUAUCUUUUCUGAUUCCAAGACGCCACAAAAUCUCUUUCUGGUGUGUUUGAUUUACACCUCAUAAUGUUCCAAGUCAUGUAGUAAUGGAAUAUUGGUAACUUAUUUUCUAAUUUCUAGUGGCUUUUGUGUAUGUUCAAAAUGUUCCUGAUACUGACAAUAGUAGAAAGCACGUUUGGGGAUACCACAAAUCAGGUCGGUACUAAACAGCAUUGUAAACUAGAUGAUACAC